GGGCGAAUUCUCUCGUGAAUACACACAGCGCUGUGUCCCUCGGGCGAGUUCUCUCAAGUAUACACACAGCGCUAUGUCUGUUCAUUCGGCGAAUUCUCUCAUGUAUACACACAGCGCUAUGUCUGUUCAUUUGGGCGAAUUCUCUCGUGUAUACACACAGCGCUGUCUGUUCAUUCGGGCGAAUUCUCAUUCCUCUGUCCUGGGAAAUGUUUAUUUAAAAAGAAUGCUUACUGAACUGAAAGCUGUGUAACUUUUGGCAGUCUCACGUAACGAUCAACACGUGCUACUCUAUUGUAAUGAUAGAUUUCUUCCUGUACUGGUGUGACGUCAGAUAAAAACGACAGACACUCCCUGGAAAUGUGUGAUAACAGCUUCGACGUGGCAGAGGCUCUAAGUAUGGCGACUUUUGUUAUACACAGGAAUCCGGGUUAAGAAAAUGGACUCAAAUUUAAAGAUGACUUCUGUUUCCUCCACAUUUAAAGUGCCGACUACCACGAAAGACCUGAGUGACAUCCCUCUGACCCCUCCGUCCUCUCCCGAGAUACUCGACUGUCGCAACGAUGUCGAGCCCGAGUUUGUGGACAACUUCCAAAACAUUCGCCUUCCGUUAGAAGACACAACUUCCGAAGAAUCGACGCUACAGACCUGGGAAUACCAUUCUAGUCAACAAGACGAUAGCAGCACCAGAUAUGUCCAACAAAGUCCAAGUAGGACUUUGGAGGCUAAGCCACCGAUUCCAGAAGCGAUGACUCUGAACAAGAAAAGAACAGCGUCAAUUGUUGAUGGAUUAUUGGUGGAAAUUUACAACCGGCGUUACAGUGUGGACAGUGAUAACCUAACAGACUCUUCAGUUAGUGAUGUGUUUGCAGCUCCGCCGAACUUGGCAUCAGACUGUGAGAGUCACCACAGGGCCUGGUACUCGACAACAACCCUGAAUCUUAAAGGAGCUCAGGAGUUGAUACUGAUCAAGUCACAUCUUCUGGAACGUGUUCAACAACUUAAUAAUCGUUUGGUUUGCAGAUUGAAACUGAGGGACCAUCUUCAAAAUAAACGGAAUCGUAAAUACGAUGUUAUAACAGCAAUUCUACAGGCAGUCUCCCAGAAACGUAGAAUUGACACCAGAAUCAGGUUCAGUUUGGAACCUCUUCCAGGUGAAACAGGUUUCAGCCAAUGGCAUGAUGCCAUGAAAAUGGUUGUCCGACUGUCUGUAGGAAUUCCUUCUUAUUUCAGGAAAAGGGUGAUGAUAUUUCUGAUAGAAAAUGUUCUGCCACCAGGGUACUUUGCUGACAAUCUGCGAGGCUUAUCUGUUGACAUGGCUGUGUUCCGAGAACUGUUAGAUACACGAGUUACUAAGUUAUCUCGUCAUUUAGAGAAUCUUCAGUUACAGGCCAGGGAUUGUUCAACAGGUACAAACUAUGAACCACCUCUGACAAAUGUUUUCACUAUGCAGUGGUUCCUCACUUUGUUCUCAACUUGCUUACCCAAGUCAACAGUUCUUAAAGUGUGGGAUCUCGUCUUCCUUGAGGGAAAUGAAGUUUUGUUAAAAACUGCUCUAGCAAUCUGGGAAGGUCUGUCUCAUGAAGUGUUGAAUGUAGAGACAGCAGAUGAGUUUUACAGUACAAUGGGACACCUGAGCAGAGAAAUGUUAGAGUUUGGACUAAUGGAUCCAGGUGAACUCAUACAGAAAAUUUGCACUAUGGAACCCUUUUUUCAACUAGCGGAGCUACGAGACAAAUAUAACUAUAACGUUUAUCCUCUCCUGCCACAACAUACAUGUGACAGUGAUAAUGAUGACGGUGGACUAUCAACCAAUAGAGAGUGGUGUUUAUCCAGCUUUUUAAAUGUGACAUCAAUUAAAGGUACUUCUAGUAAGACAUUAGAAGUAUACCCAAGCAGGUCAGCUGCAAGUGAUGGUAGUCCAGUGAUGUCGUUCUCCAACACACAUGUUGAGAGAACAUCGCUAGAUAUUUCAGCUCUUAAAAGACAAUAUAUCAAGCUGUGUGAGCGACAAAGACAGGCUCAUAUCAUACUUACUGGAGACUUCAGAGAAUCUGCUAAACCUAAACAAAAGACCUCAGUGGCUAUGAAUCACCUCUUACUUAAAAGAAAGCCUUUGGUAAGAAAAUACAAAAAUGGAAUGCAAACAAGGUUCAUCCUGAAAACCCCAAACUGUAGUAAGAAUUGUGUCCAACAGCUUGUUCCGGAAGCUUCUUUAUCUGGUGCCAAUAUGCUAAUAAGGAUUCCUAGAGAAACAGAAAAAUAUGAAAUGAAGAAGAGGUCACUAGUUGAAGAGUGUAAAUAUAAACAGUAUUCUGACAAUCUUCCCAGAGAAGUUAAAGAAAAAUUAGAAGCAUUAGAAAGUACAGUUGACUUUCUGGACGUUAGACAGAGUGAAAGUGAAGAUGAUAGUGACAACAGUGUAGUUUCUACAAGUCCAAAUAUUUUUAAAUAAAGAGAACAUGAAGAGUAAAUCCUACGUACCAAUACUUUUGGUAGAGCAUUAUUAAAUAUCUUCAUUUUAUCAUUAAACAUAAUAAAAACUUCUAUGUAAGAAA